UGUUGCCACCCCUCAAAAAUUCCUGCCCCCCUCUCACCACCCCAUAAAUAUUUUUCUAGAUCCGCUCCUGCAGUUGAGCAUACAUGGGCGGAUGAAUAGUGCAAAAGGGCGUAAACAGAAUAUGAUAACAGUGCAGAUAAAGAUGUGCAUCUAUGCAAAUAUGCAACGGGGCAUGACAGAUAUAAUGGAUUGCAGUAAUGCAAUAGGCGGGUGCAGAGCAUGAAUGAUGGAGAACAGUUAGCACAUACUGUAGCUCAGACAGACGAACGUUGAAGGGAGUUAGUGAGAUAAGAGUUUUGAGUUUCAGGGUUUUUUGUAGUUCAUUCCAGUCAUUAGCAGCUGAGAACUGGAAGGAGAGGCAGUCCAAGGGGUGGACUUUAGGGCUGACCAAGGAGAUAUAACUGCUAGAGCGCAGGUUGCAGGUGGGUAGAGCUAUGGUGACCAGUGAGUGUAGGUAGGCUUUAAACUUUGCAGCAAAGAUGAAGAACAUCUUUCCAGAUUUUGCACUCAAACAACUCGGCUUCUUUUUCGCAAUCAUUGUGAUUUUUUUCUACAAUGUUGUGCUUGACAGGGAUUACGAGUGCAAUUGUGAUGCAAGAUGCCGUGACUGCAUUGUCUACAUGGCUAUGCCAUCUGGUAUUAUAUUUUUUUUACAACUCUGGAUGGACAAGACAUUUAUACAUAAAUGUGAUACAUCUACACGUAAAUCUUGCUAUAACGGUUGUUGUUAUGUAGUCUAUCACAUUAUGAAGGCAGCUUUUGUCGGCCUGCUGUGGUUUACCUCUGUGUUAAUCGAUGGAGACUGGUAUGUUUGCUGUGAGAUAAAUCAGUCUGAACAACAGAAACAGUUAGCCUGCAAAGACAAAAACAACCGCACAGCUGAGGAACGAACAUCCAUCGCUGAACUGAAAAAUGAUUCAAGGCUUUGCGGCAUGCUUUUACUCUUGGGUAUCGUCGUUGUGGCUGCCGUUGGCUCUUCAAUUGGACGGAAGAAAAGCCGUGGCCGCCCAUGCUGUACGGGUUCAUGUCGUUGCUGUACGGAUCCAGAUUGUUGCCGUACGGAUUCAGAUUGUUGCUACACAAACAUUCUGUAUGAGGAAGUGAAACUGGACGAAGAGGAAAAUGUGCUGAAAAAGAUGAUGAAAAAAGAAGCAAAAGCAGAGGUGAAAGGACCCCUAGAAAACCAUUGGCAGGAAACAACGGGAAGACCCAUACAGGUGGAGAGAAAAUGGCUCCCUCUCCAGGUGCGUCUUUCACCGACAGGAAACCAGGUGGAGGGAGAAUGGGUCCCUCUCCAGGUGUGUCUUUCACCAACAGGAAACCAGACACAAGACCAAACGCCUGGAACAGACACGGGACCAAACCUUGGAGCAGACACGGGACCAAACCACGGAGCAGACAUGGGACCAAACCUUGGAGCAGACACGGGACCAAACCUUGGAGCAGACAUGGGGUCAAACCUUGGAGCAGACACGGGACCAAACCUUGGAGCAGACACGGGACCAAACCACGGAGCAGACAUGGGACCAAACCUUGGAGUAGACACGGGACCAAACCACGGAGCAGACACGGGACCAAACCUUGGAGCAGACACAGAACCAAACCUUGGAGCAGACACGGGACCAAACCACGGAGCAGACACGGGACCAAACCACGGAGCAGACAUGGGACCAAACCUUGGAGUAGACACGGGACCAAACCUUGGAGCAGACACGGGACCAAACCUUGGAGCAGACAUGGGGACAAACCUUGGAGUAGACACGGGACCAAACCUUGGAGCAGACACGGGACCAAACCUUGGAGCAGACAUGGGACCAAACCUUGGAGUAGACACGGGACCAAACCUUGGAGCAGACACGGGACCAAACCUUGGAGCAGACAUGGGGACAAACCUUGGAGCAGACACGGGACCAAACCACGGAGCAGACAUGGGACCAAACCACGGAGCAGACAUGGGACCAAACCUUGGAACAGACACGAGACUAAACCUUGGAGCAGACACGGGACCAAACCUUGGAGCAGACACGGGACCAAACCUUGGAGCAGACACGGGACCAAACCUUGGAGCAGACAUGGGGACAAACCUUGGAGCAGACACGGGACCAAACCUUGGAGCAGACACGGGACCAAACCUUGGAGCAGACACGGGACCAAACCUUGGAGCAGACACGGGGACAAACAUGCGCUGAUCGGGCUUGGACCCCUAACAAACAGCAGAGCAGCCAGCAGGUGGUGACUCCUCCCACCACCAUCAAGGUUUUCCUCUCUAUUUACUGUAAGACAUACCUGCCAACAUUUGGUUUUCAAAAUAUGGGAGA